AUUUAUUUCUCUGUGGGAGAAAGAGAGAGAGAAAGAGGGAGGGACAGACAGCAGCAUUGCGUCUCUCAUAAAAGAGCUAUUAACACCCGAUCAAGGGGCUCUUCAAAGUUUGGAUUCCUUCAUCCAGCCCGUGCGUACUCUGUGCCAACCCGAGCAGGUGGAUGCUGUCAUGCCAUUUGGGUGCCUUGCUCUGCGAGCUGGGCGGACAUACAGCAGCCUGUCAGACAUCACUGACAAAUACGAGAUUGGACAGGUCCUCAAGGCGAAAGAAUUUUGUGAGCUGUGCCUGGUGAAGGAACGACAGACGGAAAAGGUCUUUGUGUGCAAGAAAUUCCUCAAAAAGGAUGGCAGGAAAGUGCGGAAGGCAGCCAAGAACGAGAUCAUAAUCUUGAAAAUGGUCAAACACUCAAACAUCCUACAGCUGAUUGAUGCAUUCGAGACCAGGAAAGAGUUCUUCAUCAUACAAGAGCUGGCCACAGGUGGAGAUGUGUUUGACUGGAUAUUAGACCAGGGCAACUACACAGAGAGAGAUGCCGCCAACGUAAUCCGUCAGGUUUUAGAAGCAGUGGCAUACCUACACUCACUCAACAUAGUCCACAGAAACCUAAAGCUGGAGAACUUGAUGUACUACAGAGAGAGUAACCACAACAAAGUUGUGUUGCGGGAUUUCUACCUGUCCAGAUUUGAAAAUGGUUCAAUAACUGAACCUUGUGGAACACCUGAGUACCUUGCCCCUGAAGUGGUGGCUCGUCAUCGGUAUGGAAGACCAGUCGAUUGUUGGGCUGUGGGAGUCAUUAUGUACAUACUGUUGUCUGGAAACCCUCCCUUCUAUGAUGAAACAGAGGAGGAAAACACCGACAUGCACAACCGGAUCAUCUUCUGCCGCAUUGUUGCUGGAGAAUUUGAAUUUGAUUCGCCAUACUGGGAUGACAUUUCCCCCGCUGCCAAAGAGUUGGUUUGCAGAUUGAUGGAGGUUGACCAGAUGCUGAGAAUUCCUGCACAAGAUGCCCUUCUGCAUGAAUGGAUUGCUGGAAAUGGGGCUUCGGAAAAGAAUCUGAAGGAAGGAGUGUGCGCACAAUUUGAGAAAAACUUUGCAAAGGCCAAGUGGAGGAAAGCGAUUCGUGUCACCACCUUCAUGCAGCGUCUCCGAGCAUUUGAAGUUGGAUCUAAUGAGGUGGUAGUAGAAGGCCAAGGUGAAGGGGUCAGGGCAGAUGGGUUAAAUGGUAAGGGGACACAAAAAGACUCGGCUGGAGUUUCUACUGUGAGCAUGUCCCAUGUUGCGACAGUUGAAAGCAAGCCUUUGGAGAAUCAAGAAGAGGGGAAAUCAGGACCCAGAAAAGCAGAGAAGGAGAAAAAAGGAGUUGUGACUGUUUCACCUUUAGAACUCACAGAGCCCCUUGCCCAAUCAAACAGCUCUUCGAAACUACAAAUGGAGGAGCCUAACAAGAAAGAGGAAAAGAAAGAAACUGCAAAAGGUGAAAAGGAAGACAAACCAUUAACAGACACAAACCAGAAACCAACACCCACCCAGGCCAUGAAGUCCUCACACAGUCAAGAGAACAAUGUCUCCAAAGAUCCAGAGGCCACAGCUGUUGGUAAUGUUGAGAAGAAAUCAUCAUUUUACCCUGAUACUCCAAAUCAAUGUAAGAUGGCUGCCAAUCUCUCAAUGGAUCAUGGCUUAUGUUCUGAUGCCAAAACUGGUUCCUCGUCAGUUGGGAAUAAACAACAUCUUAAAACAGAGAAGGUUGACACAAUGCAGGAUGUGGCCACAAGUAGCUGGUGUGAAACACAGCUUCCAGAAGCAGUAGCAGAGGGGCCAGUUGAGGUAGGGGCUAGCGAAGAGGUUAUUCCCAAGAGCAGAGAGAUGAAGAAAGGAAAAUCAGACAAGGGUAGCCAGUCAGUGAAAAACAUUCAGUCUACAUAUCCAGGAUUGGGAUCUUCAAGUCUUGGCCAUGAUAAAACAGUAUUUGUGCAGGAGCUUGAAGAGAUGGUCCAUGGUGCAACUGGGUAUGGGAUCCCAUACUGUCCAACCCCUUAUUCUGUUAGUGGUGGGGCUAUGUAUGGAGGUCUAGAUCCUGGAGGUGGAGCCAGCGCUGAUUGGCAAAUGGAUUGUGUAAUUGAACAAAUUGAAAAGCAAAUGGCUGCUGUGCUAGAAAAGAUUGAAGGAGACAUGCCUUCAUUGCUGGAGCAGAUCAGUGACCGUCCCGAGACCCUGCAUAGAGCGAAGAGUGCCAGCUCUUCCCCCUCAACCCGACCUCGCUCGUAUCAUCAUUCAACACCUCCUCCCCUUCCCACCACGCCACGCCCAGCAAUGCCUUCUUUGCCACACCUGACCAUCCCUCCUCCCUCUUACCCACCACCCUCUCCACCCGGUCCCAUCCAGAGUCACAGUCCUCCAACUGCUGAUGAGGGUAACAGAGAUGGCCAGAGGAAUGCAAUGCGGUCUGGCCAAUCACCAAGGGGAAGUGUGUCAGGAAAAGGGUUGUAAAUAUAUGUUAUGGAAAGCGUAAGCUCUAAGUAGGUAAGCCAUGUUAAACGAUAAAAUCUUUGGGUUAUGGAUAAUUAAUGAGAGCCUACAUUUUCGGGCUGUACAAUGAUUGUUUGGGCUCCAACACAAAUAUUGGAAUAGCCCAGUUACUGUAUUUGACUGAUAAGAAGAUUUUCAUUGUGUAAAGAAGAAAGCCGUUUUAAUGUUUGAAAAAGGGGAUGUUAUUUUAUAUUAUUAGACUGAAACAUCUGAAAUAUUCCACAAUUAAAGGGAUAGUUCACCCAAAAAUAAAAAUUUUGUAAUCACUUACUCGCUCACUCAUGUUGUUCCAAACCAUAUGACUUUCUUUUUUCUGUGGAAAACAAAAGAAGAUGUCAUGCAGAAUGUUUGGCACUGACAGCCUUAAGCCCAAAGUAUUCUUUGGUUUUGACACUAACGUUUAGCGUCUGCGUACAGUCAAACGCUCACCUUUCAAAGUAUACUUCAUUUGACAAUUUGGAACAGAUUUGGAACAACAUGAGGGUGACUAAAUAAUGACAUGAUUUUCAUUUUUGAGUGAAAUAUCCCUUUAUGGUGGUAUAAAUGGUUGUAAAUAUUUGUGAUCAGCACUACAAAAUAAUGAUUGCAUAAUUGUAAUGUUUUACAAUGUUUUUUUUUUUUUUUUUUUUUUAUGCAAGAUUCAUAAGUUUAUAUAACCUGAACAAUUUACCUUUAAUGAAACCUUUUCCCUUAAAACAUGUUAGCAUCCUGACCUGUUUUGGGACAACCACAGAACAUUUGCUCCUCACCAAGUACUGACUUUAGAGGGUGUUAUAAUUUGUCACUUCAUCCAUCUUGGAUUUUUGCUCUAAGAUAGUGAAGUUGAGGCAGUGCAUCUGUGUACUCUCUCAUUAAUCGUUUACUUUCUGUAAUAUUUCCAAUAAGACUAUUUUAUUUAUCUUUGUUAUUGUAUAUUCUCAAGUUGUACAGAUCUUUCUAUGAGUCUGCCAAACUUGACUGUCCUUUAUUGAUUGAAAAUGAUAAUGCUCACAGAGCAAGAAUCUUAAGAGACUUUGAAACUACUUUACAAAUAUAUUCUCUUUCCUGGACUUUUUUUUUUUUUUUUGCUGUUGUAUGGUUGUGUGUCCAUCUGCGUGUUUGUUUGGUUAUCAUUCUCUUACUCUCUUUUCUCAGUUUCUAAUGCAUAAUAAUAAUAAUAUCUUUAUGAAAAAUACUGUAUAAUAAUUUUGCUAACAUAUCCUAAAGUAAGCUCUAAUGUUUAUACAGUAUGUAUAGUUCUCGCUACUGUUUGUGAAAUGUAACUGUGGCUUCCACCUCCCCAAAUAUGAUAGUUUUUGUUAUGUGUAUAUUCUUCCAAGCUAUUUUUUGCACUCUAUAUGUUAAAAUUUCAAUAAAAUUCAGAUAAAACUC